GUACUUCUCAAUACAGAGCUCCUUUUCUCCGCCACAUAAGCCUAAGUGGACGCCGUGUCAGAUACCACCCGGUCGCGUGACCUUCGCGAUGCUGCCUUCCAAAGAUCGACUCGUUCUCCGUGGGUAUCCCAAACUUAUAUCCUAAGCUUCUUCAAACCUUAUACGGCCUCUCUCAAUAUAUAUACCGAGCCAUUUCCUAGCAGAGACACACCUCCGCCAAGCAGGAUGUCAUGCCGCUUAUGCGACAAGAUGGGCCCGCGGAAACCUUGGUCAGUCUUACAGACAUCAUACCCCGACAUGUGCGAGAGUAUAGAUGUAUUUCAACCUUGGUUAGCCUUGCACGUGGCAUUUUCUGAUCUACUCGACGCUGCGAAACUUGGAUGCAGCUUCUGCUCCGUGAUCAGAGAUGGGAUUCUGCUGUUUGCAAAUGGCGAGGAUAUUACUAAUAUAGGAAUAACCCAAAUCAUCGAGACGCGUCGGGAGUCUAGCCUAGGGCAACUACAACCCGUCGGGGUACAAUGUGAUACAAGAGCUGGUAGGGCGUUUGACCUCAUGUUUUAUACGGCUGAUGCAAAUUCCGCGAAUCUGUGGCCUCAUUUCCCCAUUAGAGCUCACAUCCCUGCAAACUCUUUCUCUCCAGAAAGCCUCAGCCAGGCCUGCAAAUGGUUGGAUCACUGCGUUCAAGAUCACUCCUCCCACCGCUGUCCACCGGCCGCCGGGGCAACGCUCCCAACACGGGUUGUCCACGUCGGUGAUGCUUUGACCGACCCGUUUCUAUAUGAGUCGGCCACAGGAGAGAAAGGCAUGUGGGCCGCUCUCAGCUACUGCUGGGGCAAGGAUAGGACGAUGACGACGACCACCGCCUCCAUCUCUGAACGGCAAGCUGGUUUCCCUCUCAAUACACUACCAAAAACUAUUAGGGAUGCUAUACUGGUUGCCCGCGCGCUGUCCAUACCAUAUGUCUGGAUAGACUCCUUCUGCAUCGUGCAGGACUCGCCGACUGACUGGGAGAGGGAGGCGGCGCGGAUGUGCUAUACGUACGAAAACGCCCUUGUUACGUUUGCCGCGCUGCAGUCGCCCAGCAGUGACACUGGCCUUUUCCUCCCAAGCCCGUAUCGACGUAUCGUCAGGUUGAACGCCUACAUUCACGGGCAGAUUACCUCCGUCUACGUACGGAAGCAGUCCGAUAACGGCAUUCUCGGUUUCAUGCACGGUCACCGCCAGGACUCUAACCCCUCCAUUCCGGGUUCGGGAAUCCUCGAAACGCGGGGAUGGACACUGCAAGAGAUCACCCUGUCUCCACGACUGCUCUGGUUUAGCUCGUUCGAGCUCGGCUGGUCGUGCUGGUCGAGCACAGCCUGCGAGUGCGAUCCCGAGCAGACAUCCGAGUUUCUUAACGGUUCGGCACAUAACUUGAAGAUCUCCUCGUCUCCUCUGCUGAACCGGACUGUCGUCACUGAUUGGAUAGCAACAUGGUGUAAUCUCGUACUGGAGUUCACAAAGCGUGACCUUACCGUGCCAACAGACCGCUUACCCGCCAUGUCGGGCCUGGCGUCUGCUCUGCAAACCCACAUCAACAGUACCUAUCUCGCCGGCCUCUGGGAGUUUGAUCUACCCAAACAGCUCUUGUGGGCCAGCGAUUGGACCGCCGUCGGCUCCGACCUACCGCCCCCGCUGCUCGAAGACGGCUACGCGCCCUCUUGGUCCUGGGCCUCCGUGCCGGGUACCGUUUGGUUCGUCAACACGGUGCAGCGCCCGCGCUUCAGCCUGGUCUGGCAAAUCCUCUCCGUUCGAUUUCGGCACCUUGGUCAGAACCCUUUUGGUCGCGGCGAGGGCACUGUCACUGUUGAAGGAGACGUGCUCCAGGUUCGGUGGGCCGAUGGCCAACUUCUGUGGGACUCGCAGGCGGAUGAUGAGGGCCGCGUUGAGACCGUCUCUUUCAGCGGCAAGGACGACGUCUUGAUGGAUCCGAGAUCUAGAACUCACGACCGUGGAGCCAUGGCGCACAAGCGCAUCUACUUCCUCGUUGCCGGCGUGUUAAUGAGUAAUCGGAAGUGCGCUGAGCCCGAUUUCCCGCUGUUAUGCAAUGGCCUGCUGCUCGAGCCUGUACCUGGCAAGCACACUUUCGCCCGACUGGGCUUCAUGGAGAUCCAUUGCGAUGAGCCAGGGACGGAGAGGAGUUGGGCUGUAUGGGAGAAGCGGUGCACGAGGAUGAGGGUUGAUAUAGUGUGAUAAUGGUUGCUACUCCCAGUACCGUUACGAUGGUACUGCUGUGCGCAAAAUGCCAUAUUAAAUUCUAG